UUAUCAUGUAACGCGUAGUAUAGGAUCAAAGAUCCUUUCUUUUGAUUAAUUUUGGUUGUGUACAAGAAUGCAUCUAUUCAUUGUUUGAUGUGUUUUUUGGACACCCAGUUUGUCUAUUUUAUCUGUAUGUUCUGAUUGCUGAGUGAUAUAAUCAUGUUAUUAUUCUGGAUUUUUGGGUUCUUUUAUCUGUGGGUUUGUAUUCUUACCUGCAAUUAUUAACUUCUUUCUGGAUCUCAGGUUAAUUUUAGACUUGUAUAAUGGGUAAGGAGAAGGUUCACAUCAACAUCGUGGUCAUUGGCCAUGUCGAUUCUGGCAAGUCCACCACCACUGGCCAUCUCAUCUACAAGCUUGGAGGUAUUGACAAGCGUGUUAUUGAGAGGUUUGAGAAGGAAGCUGCUGAGAUGAACAAGAGGUCAUUCAAGCAUGCCUGGGUGCUUGACAAGCUCAAGGCCGAGCGUGAACGUGGUAUUACCAUUGAUAUUGCCUUGUGGAAGUUCGAGACCACCAAGUGCUACUGUACUGUCAUUGAUGCUCCUGGGCAUCGUUGCUUUAUUAAGAACACGAUUACUGGUACCUCACAGGCUGACUGUGCUGUCCUCAUUAUUGAUUCCACUACUGGUGGUUUCGAAGCUGGUAUUUCUAAGGAUGGGCAGACCCGUGAGCAUGCUCUUCUUGCUUUCACCCUUGGUGUAAAGCAAAUGAUUUGCUGCUGCAACAAGAUGGAUGCUACUACUCCCAAGUACUCCAAGGCCAGGUAUGAUGAAAUUGUCAAGGAAGUCUCCCCCUACCUCAAGACAGUUGGGUACAACCCUGAGAAGAUUCCGUUUGUACCCAUAUCUGGGUUUGAAGGUGACAACAUGAUUGAGAGGUCCACUAACCUUGACUGGUACAAGGGCCCAACCCUUCUUGAAGCUCUGGACCAGAUCCAGGAGCCCAAGAGGCCCUCAGACAAGCCACUCCGUCUCCCACUUCAGGACGUUUACAAGAUUGGUGGCAUUGGAACUGUCCCAGUGGGUCGUGUGGAGACUGGUAUCCUGAAGCCAGUUAAGGUUCUGACCUUCGGACCCAGCGGGCUGACAACUGAAGUCAAGUCUGUUGAGAUGCAUCACGAGGCUCUCCAGGAGGCCCUCCCUGGUGACAAUGUUGGGUUCAAUGUAAAGAAUCUCAAGAGAGGUUAUGUGGCAUCCAACUCGAAGGAUGAUCCUGCAAGGGAGGCUGCCAACUUCACAUCACAGUUUAUCAUCAUGAACCACCCUGGUCAGAUUGGAAAUGGAUAUGCCCCAGUUUUGGACUGCCAUACCUCCCACAUUGCAGUGAAGUUUGCUGAGAUCCUAACCAAGAUUGAUCGUCGAUCAGGCAAGGAGCUCGAGAAGGAGCCCAAGUUCUUGAAGAACGGUGAUGCUGGUUUUGUUAAGAUGAUUCCCGCUAAGCCCAUGGUGGUUGAGACCUUCUCCGAGUAUCCUCCAUUGGGUCGUUUUGCUGUUAGGGACAUGCGCCAGACUGUUGCAGUUGGUGUUAUUAAGAGCGUGGAGAAGAAGGACCCAACUGGAGCUAAGGUCACAAAAUCAGGUGCCAAGAAGGGAGGAAAGUGAAUUGUUCAUCCCAUAAAUUCUGUUGCGAACAUUUUAUAUUGCUAUUACAGUUUGGUUAGAUGUUUAUUUAGAGGUUGUAUUUUGAGUUUUUUAGGUACACUUCUUGGGUUUUGAAGCCAGAAUCGGCUGUUAGACAGGCGGUGGGCGGACUCUAUUCAUCUUCAUGUUUUGGGUACUUGAAAGUUGUCGACUUCUUUCCUUGUUAUUUUUGUGUUUUCAAAUAUUCAGUGCGAAAAUUUAUUCGUGAUUGUUGUAGCAUUUUUUUGUCUCUAGUUGUCUCUCGUCUGGCCUACCAAUUUUUAAGUAAUGAUUAUAUCAGGGCAU